CAAUCUUCAACCUUGACAGAUGUCAAGGGAAUAUCUUGGGAUGCAAUACAGAUAUUUACCUUCCUUGUUUGAACUCUUAGGAAACCUUUAUUGAACAUUCACAGAACAUUGUGCAGCAGUGCAUCUAUAAUCUAGCAGAGGCUCGUGUGACUGAUCAUUUCUUUUAAAUAUUAAACUGAUUUGAUUUGUGCUUCUCACAGUUUUGCAGAAGAAUUCUGGUCACCAUAUGAAGCUGACAAAUACAAGCUAAAACAUUUUUUGUAUAAAAAGCAACAUUAUGCUUAUAUCAUAAUGUACAGAAUAAAGGAAAUGAAACAAGUAAAAUAAAACAAAUCGAUUUUUAAGAAAAAAUACUAAAAUGUUUUUACUUCCCACAGUCUUGGUGUAAAAUUGCUAGAACAUAAGAUGAGUAACCACAGAAAAAAGUGCUGAUUACGACACCAAGAAAAAGACACAAGCAACCUUCUGAAACAAGACAGAAGGGAGGAACUUCUUCUAAUUGAAAGAUCCCAGAGUGAACGAUUCAUCUGCACAAAAAUAAGGAAGAAUCUUUGUAAAAAUGGCUUACACUACGUCAAUAAUUCCACUGACACAAAAUUAUUCCAAUGCAAGCACGUGUGACUUAUACAGUCAUAGCAACACAGCACGGAUUGCCAUGCCACUGUUUUAUAGCUUUGUUUUGUUGUUUGGACUGUUCGGUAAUCUUUUGGCUUUACUGGUAAUACACCAAAAUAGAAGAAAGUUGAACUCGACCACUCUGUACUCCACAAACCUUGUCAUUUCGGACAUUCUUUUUGCUACUGCUUUACCAACGAGAAUAACCUACUACGCUCUAGGAUUUCACUGGCCUUUUGGGGAGCCACUCUGCAGAAUCACCUCUUUGUUUUUUUAUAUUAAUACCUAUGCAGGAGUAAAUUUCAUGACAUGUUUGAGUGUAGAUCGCUUCUUUGCAGUGGUGCAUCCACAUCGCUACAACAAGAUGAGAAGAGAAAAGUAUGCAAAGCUCAUCUGUGUUUUUGUUUGGGUAAUUGUAUUUUCCCAAACCUUUCCACUUCUUUUACAGACAAUGUCACGAACCGAAUUAAAUGGAAAAGUUUCAUGCAUGGAAUACCCAAAUUUUGAAACUAUACCAAAUCUGCCAUUUAUGCUUCUUGGUGCAUGCUUUAUUGGAUACAUUAUUCCGCUAGGAAUAAUUUUGGUUUGCUAUACCAAAAUAAGCACGAAACUAUGCCAGAUCACAAAGGAAAACCGUUUGUCUGAAAAGUCGGGAACAAACAAGAAAGCUAUCAAUACAAUCAUUUUAAUUAUUGCUGUGUUUUUAAUUUGCUUUACCCCAUAUCAUAUAUCCAUCAUCCAACAUAUGAUCAAGAAACUGACAUACACGCCAACCUGCAGUGAGCAGCAACAUUUUCAGAUCUGCCUUCACAUUACUGUGUGUUUAAUGAAUUUAAACAGUUGUUUGGAUCCAUUUAUUUACUUUUUCGCAUGCAAAGGAUACAACAGAAAAAUCAUGAAAAUAUUGAAACGUCAAGCAAGCAUAUCUUCAUCCAGUGCCACAAGACCAGCUGCUGAGGAAAGCUCGCGUGAUCUGGCUGAAACUCAGUUGAUGGUUCAAACAAACCAUUCCAUUAAACAUAACUAAAUCUAUGAGCAGAUCAGUUUUAAUGGAGAUAGUCUUUGAAUAUAGGAGGACAGGUGAUGUACUAUAAACAAAGGGUUACUGUAUGUUCACUUGGUGCCUGGCCUCCUGCUGUUGUUUUGCUUGGAAAUACAGCUCAUUCACAUUAGAAGUUAUGAAGUUUUGUUAGUGGAAACUAUAGCUAAAGUGUAUGGUUACUCUUCACUUGACAUAUAUUUGUGAUAUUCACAAACUGAACUUUAAAUAUAUAUCUGUAUAUACAUGCUAAACUAAAAGGAACUUAAGAUAUCAGACAGCAGAGAUACCUGCCAAACAAGGGAACAAAGUUGUUGUACUCAGCCCUAAUAUAGUCUAAAGUAAAAGUAUCCAUAGAAUAAACUGUUAGUGCUAUUGGAGGAUAAUAAUUUCUUUUGUCAAAAAGAUGUAAUGAUCACCAAUACUAAAUACCCCAUAAACCAAUACCUGGGUGCAGACACAGAAUUUUGGAGUGAAACUGCAUAUUCCGGCAGUACCAUGGCGUAAUGGCUCCGGGUGCAGGAAUAUCAAGAAGCUUUUAGGAGCGUAGGGCCAGAUUCUGCAUCAAGUUACAACGAUGGAGAAAGGAGCAGUUGGAGUGAGGACUGCAUCAAUGCAGGUCCCCUAUCCAACUAAAAAAAACCUAACCUGCCCAAUCAAUUUUCGAUAGGUAGGGUUGUCAGUGUUCCCCAUACACAGGCAGAUAAGCUGUCGAAUGGGUAUAAAGGAGAAACGGCAGCUUAAAUCGGCUUGUGUAUGGCAACCUUAAAAUCAGCUCUGCUCCUUGCACUGGGAAUGACAGCCUGAAAGCCACCUACUUUUUGCAUAAUGGCCAAUAGACCCCUUGUUAAAAAUAGUUAUAUAUAAUUUACAAUGUAAAAUUUGAAAAUAAGAAAAUUACUGAAUCAAUUAACUUACAAAUGAUAAAAAGUACAGAGAUCAAUAAAACAUAGUUAUGAUAAAAUGAUUCUGUAUGGGCCACCAGGGCACACACUUUCAAGUUGUACAAUACUAUUAGUAAGAUAUAUCUAUGAUGGGUGUACUACUUGGGUAACAUGACAUUAUAUGUAUUAAUGAAAUUCAUCACAAAAAUAUAGACCAGUUGCUGCAAAGAUUUUUACCCACAUAGUAUUUCAGCAUAGGUCAGUUAUAUGCUAUAUGUAGAAGUCUGUUGCAAAAGAGUUUUUUUUUUUGUCUGCAUUAUCUAUUACUCAUCAGGCUAUGUUUUGUGGUGUACCAUUAUUUCCUGUUUUACUCUUUAAGAGAAGCAAAAAGACAUCACACACUUUAACCUAUUUUAAAAUUAUUUAAAAGUUAAACUUGCUUCAAAAUACAAAGAAAGCAAAAAGAUAUAAAUACUUUCACUUAUUUAAUAAACCUCAACCAUUGCAAGCUUCUUUUUUUUUUUUUUUUAAACAGUCAGUUUUCUGUAAAAUGGCAGCGGUAAAAUCAAAUAUUUACAAGCAUAAAAAGGUUAGGAUUACAUUAUUCAGAAUUCAAGGUUUGCAAAAAA